GUGUUAUUUAGGUAUUAAUAUUAGAUCAGUGUUGUUGGAUUACUAGUAAUAUAUUGACAAAUACAAUUGCGUGUAUUUACUCGUUAGAAAUUCUAUCUCUAUACAAAUGUAAAGCACUUAACGAAGUAGACAUGUCUAUAAUAAAAGGUUUCCACGAAUUACGAAUUAUGGACUGUCGAUUCUCUAGUUUAGGGAAUAUGUUUUUGAAAAAUUUAUCAAAGAAGCCUAAAAUUAGAGAAAUUUAUUUCCAACACUAUCUCACCACAUAUUUUCCUGAAAAACAUCGUCGUGAACUAGAAAUAUCAUCUGGAUCGAGAAGGUUAAAACAUUCCUACAUUAAGGACCAUGACGACAUUCCUCUUUGGAAUGAAAACGUCUUACGUUCUUAUUUUGGAAGUAACGUGAAUACUAAUGAAAUGUAUAACCAUUGUAAUAGUCUUUCUGAUAGAAGUACGGAACGUUAUACACAUUCCAACUAUAUUGAAGAUAAUUAUCAUUUUGAGAGUGUACUGUACAAGAGACCGUAUAAUGAAUGUACCUGUGAAUAUAAUUCAACGACUGGACUUGCAGUUGCCAAUGUAAAAUCUGAAAUCAACCAUGACGAUAGAAUGGAUCAAUAUGUUUGUAAAGAUGAUAUUUUGUAUACACUCGAUCCAGCAUGUUUUACACAUGAAUUAGAAAAUGCUAAUAAAAGUGAAAAAGAUAUCGCUAUAGAAGAACUUAUAGAUCCAAGUUAUUGUAGACGUACACGACGCAGGGUUCAAGCUUGGUGUGGAUACGCAAAAGUGAGGAAACAUAUGGCAACAAGUAUACGCGAAGAUGAAUAUUUUAGUAACUACAAUAAUGUGAGUUUAACAAAAAUUUCGCUUAGAGGAUGUAAUAGUAUAACCGAUGCAACAUUACAACAUUUAACCCAUUUACAUUUAUUGUUGCUGGACGUAACAGGAACCAAUGUAACUACUGAAGGUCUUAUCAAAUUUGCUAUUGACAAUGUUCAGUGCAGGAUUAUACACGAAACUAUGUGCACAUGCCUACCAACCCUUCAUUUUUAAAAAUAAAAAAUAAUGUUAUAAUUAAUUGCAUAUUUUAUAAUAAUUUUGUUAAUAAAAAAAUAAAAGUAAUUAGCAGCAUAAUAACAAGUAUUAGAGUUAGAUAAAAGAUUUAUUAAACAAUCUUGUAAAAACUGAAUAUCCUAAUAAAGUAUAAAUACUAAAUUUGAA